UUGUUGUGCGGGCCAAGAUGGCGGCACAGGCGGCGGCGGCGGCGCAGGCAGCGGCGGCGGCGCAGGCGGCCGCGGCGCAGGCGGCGCAGGCCGAGGCGGCGGAGUCCUGGUAUCUGGCUCUCCUGGGCUUCGCCGAGCACUUCCGCACGUCCAGUCCACCCAAGAUCCGCCUGUGCGUCCACUGCCUGCAGGCCGUGUUUCCCUUCAAGCCGCCUCAGCGAAUCGAGGCCCGUACGCACCUGCAGCUCGGCUCGGUGCUUUACCACCACACGAAGAACAGCGAGCAGGCGCGCAGCCAUUUGGAGAAAGCGUGGUUGAUAUCACAGCAAAUCCCACAGUUUGAAGAUGUUAAAUUUGAGGCAGCAAGCCUGUUGUCAGAGCUAUAUUGUCAAGAGAACUCUGUGGAUGCAGCAAAGCCGCUGCUGCGGAAAGCCAUCCAGAUCUCACAGCAGACGCCAUACUGGCACUGCCGCCUGCUCUUCCAGCUCGCCCAACUGCACACACUGGAAAAGGACCUGGUAUCAGCCUGUGACCUCCUGGGCGUGGGGGCUGAGUAUGCCCGAGGUGGAUCUGAAUAUACACGGGCACUAUUCCUGCUCAGCAAAGGGAUGUUGCUGCUGAUGGAACGCCAACUGCAAGAGGUACACCCACUCCUCACAUCUGUACAGGCGCAAAUUGUGGGAGAACUGGCAAGCAACCCCAUCCAGAAGGAGUCAUUGCGUGUCUUCUUCCUGGUGCUGCAGGUGACCCACUACCUAGAUGCUGGGCAGGUAAAGAGUGUCAAGCCAUGCCUGAAGCAGCUGCAGCAGUGCAUCCAGACCAUCUCCACGCUACACGACGAUGAGAUCCUGCCCAGCAACCCUGCUGACCUCUUCCACUGGUUGCCCAAGGAGCACAUGUGUGUGCUCGUCUACCUGGUCACAGUGAUGCAUUCAAUGCAGGCUGGUUACCUGGAGAAGGCACAGAAGUACACAGACAAGGCACUCUUGCAGUUGGAAAAGCUCAAGAUGCUGGACUGCAGCCCCAUCCUGUCAUCCUUCCAAGUGAUUCUCCUGGAGCAUAUCAUCAUGUGCCGGCUCGUCACAGCCACAAGGCCACUAGCAUUGAGAGAAAUCUCCCAGGUCUGCCAGCUAUGCCAACAGUCCCCUCGGCUCUUCUCCAACCAUGCUGCCCAGUUGCACACACUGCUGGGCCUGUACUGUGUUUCCGUGAACUGCAUGGACAAUGCUGAAGCCCAAUUCACCACAGCCCUGCGGCUCACCAACCACCAGGAGCUGUGGGCCUUCAUUGUGACCAACCUUGCGAGUGUGUAUAUACGGGAAGGAAAUAGACACCAAGAGCUGUACAGUUUGCUUGAGAUAAACCCAGACCACAGCUUCCCGUCAGCUCACCACUGCCUCCGAGCGGCAGCCUUCUAUGUGCGGGGGCUCUUCUCCUUCUUCCAGGGCCGCUACAAUGAAGCCAAGCGAUUUCUACGAGAAACUCUAAAGAUGUCAAAUGCAGAGGACCUGAACCUCACAGCCUGUUCACUCGUGCUGCUGGGCCACAUCUUCUAUGUGCUAGGGAAUCACAGGGAGAGUAACAACAUGGUGGUGCCUGCCAUGCAGCUGGCCAGCAAGAUCCCAGACAUGUCUGUGCAACUGUGGUCCUCGGCCCUCCUGAGAGAUCUAAACAAGGCAUGCGGGAAUGCCAUGGAUGCCCAUGAGGCUGCACAGAUGCACCAGAACUUCUCACAGCAGCUGCUGCAGGAACACAUUGAAGCCUGCAGCCUCCCAGAGCACAACCUCAUUACGUGGACAGAUGGCCCACCCCCUGUGCAGUUCCAAGCUCAGAAUGGACCCAACACCAGCCUGGCCAGCCUUCUGUGAGGCCCCUAUGGCCUUUGUCCCCAACUUGGACCCAAACACUGGAGCUUUUCUGGG